AUGAAAGUUCUAGAUGUUUUAUCUGCACUCCCUCAACUCAAAAGUGUCCGCUUGGAGACGUUGAUUACACUCUCUACUCAGAAAGAAAGAAAAGCACUACUAAGCAUGGAGAAACCAUCUUUAAGCUUAUGUGAAGGUUUUGAAACCAUCAACAACAUAAAUUUUAGAUUUUUCAACCUAUACCACUCUAGUAGUUUGGAGGAGGUGGCCCCGAGUUUCUAUUAUAUGCCCUAUGCUUUGAUGCAGUCUAUUACCAACUGCCACCUGAUUAAGAAGUUACCUUAUGACAUUGGGAAUCUAAGCUCUCUGAAGAUGUUAAUGUUAUUGGCAUUGCCAGGUCUACAAGAGCUUCCCCUGUCAAUAGGAAAACUUGGGCAGUUCGAAUGCCUAGACAUUUCAUUCUGUGAAGAGCUGAGAGAAAUUUUGGAGGAAAUGGGGCAACUAAAGAGAUUGAAUGAGUUGGAUAUGAGAAAAUGUUCUCAUUUGACGAGGUCGCCUAGAGCUAUUUGCGAAUUGAAUUCCCUGAAGCUUGUUAUAUGUGAUGAGAAGGUUUGGAAGAAAUGGUUGCGGGGAAAGAACAUCUCUAUUGCAGAGCUCAAAGUUGAAAUUGACUAG